UCAGACAUCAAGGGUUUCACGGAGAUGUCGAAGGAGGUACCCCCUGCCGUGGUGAUGACCUUUUUGAACGACCUGUACACCAGGUUUGACAGCCUGACGGACGUGUACGGCGUGUACAAGGUGGAGACCAUCGGCGACUGCUACAUGGUUGCCGGCGGGCUGAUGUCCCGCGACGGUUACGGGUACGGCCAGGCUGUUCGGGGCCAGGGGGACACGGACCCGCUGCACGCCAUGCGGGUGGUCAUGUUCGCGAGGGCCAUGCUGGAGGAGGCGGCCAAGGUCACCAUGCCAAACACGGGCGAGCAGGUGCAGGUCCGAGUGGGCAUCCACAGCGGCUCGGUGAUGAGCGGUGUUGUGGGCCAGAAGAUGCCGCGCUUUUGCCUUUUCGGUGACACCAUAAAUACCGCCAGCCGCAUGGAGAGCACGGGCCGCCCCGGUGCCAUCCACGUGUCGUGUGCCACUCGGCGGCUGCUGGCACCCGAGGAGGACGAGGAGCUGUGGGCGCCCACCGGGGGGGUGGAGGUCAAGGGGAAGGGAAGGAUGGAAACGGUAAGAGAGGGAGACAGAGAGGGAGAGGGGGAAGGAAGGAAGGAAGGGGGGGAGGUAGGAGGAAGGUAUGGCAGGAGGGCGGUGAGGAGGAGAAGGAGGAGAAGGAGGAGGGAGAUAGGAGGAAAGGAAAGUUGUGAAUAA